AUGCAGAAAGUGUGCUUAUUGACCACAAGCAAAGAACGACCCUAUUCCCACAAGUGGCUGAUUCAAAACCCCGGGGUUCUAAUUGUUAUGAACGAUGAUGAUGAUGAUGAUGAUGAUGAUGAUGAUGAUGAUGAUGAUGAUGAUCUCACUCUUGUGCUUGUUGAUUCAAGUGAGAUGGUCUCCAGUCAUCGAGGGAGUUGGGUGACAAUCGUGGAUUUCGAAUAA